ACAGCCACCAACAGCGGUGGCGAACAUCUGAACCGUCCUCGGCCUCCUCCUAGGUCGGCUCAGACUUAAAUGGGCACGUUGACGCGUUGUGUACGAAUCGCCACUGGUGAGACAAAGGCGGCCGGGCGUGGUGCAGGUCACCCGUUCGUGCGCCCUUCCAGCCUUCAUCGCUCGGGUCCCACUCGCUAACGGCACUUGCCCCAACAGCUGGUGUGGCCUACACGGGGGACUUUUGUCUUUGCGCGUGGCUAUCGCGCGCGCUCUGAGCGAGGUGACUAACGAAAGCUCUUGGGGGAACGAAUCGAUUGAUGACGUGGCAGAUGAAGGAUUGAAGGAACAAUGGAUUGAAGUAGCAGGAGAAUGAACUCGGGAAUGAAAGAGCUAGGGACCUUAGGGACAACGGCGAGCAAAGCAGCAGUAGAAUCGAAUGACUGAUGACCGUGGUAAAUGCAGAACAUGCGUUAUAUAAUGCAUUCAGGAAUGAAACAGCGAAGGAAUUGGUGAACGAAUAGAUCCGAUCCGUGAAGCAGUGAAGAACCUGAGAGUGAAUUAUCGAAGGACAUCACCUUGGUAGUGAAGGAACGAACGGAGCAGCGAAUGAGCUGGGUGAUGAACGAGUGAAGGACCUGAUACGCGAAGGCACGGCCGAGGUGGCCCUCGGCGCCGCGAUGCCGCCGCUGCCGCCGCUGCUGCUGCCAGACGAAGUGACCCUCAACCCGGGGUCGAGCCCAGACCCUGGGACCCCGAGCCCCCCCUCUGCUUCCUCCCCGGAGACGUCUUCAGCAGGGGGGGGCUCCCUGUUGCUGUACCCCGGCUUCCCCUGGGCCGGGCCGGGCGAGACGGCGGCCAAGGUGCUGGCUUACCUCGUCAUCUUCAUGCUGUCCCUGGGAGGGAACCUCCUCAUUCUCCUCAUCCUCAGCCGCGGCCCCGCGAACUUCGGAAUGAGGCCUUACAUCGCGAACCUGGCCGCCUCGGACCUGCUGAGCGCAGUGUUCGGGAUGUGGUUCGCGUGCGUCAACCACCUGCUGCCCACGUGGGUGUUCGGCGACUUCUUGUGCCACCUCACCACGCUCGUGCAGGGCGUGACGUUCAUGAGCAGCGUGUUCACGCUGGUGGCCGUGGCCCUAGACCGGCUCCGCGCCGUCACGAGGCCCCUGAGCCCGCGGCCCCCGCGGCGUCUCAUCGCGGGGGCCCUCGCCUCCAUGUGGCUCCUGGCAGUGGCGCUCAACCUCCCCGCCGCCCUCUUCACCGACCAGGAGUGAGUGACAUCCGGCGCUGGGGGGCAGGGGGCUGGUCGACCUGGUGGCGAGUGACAGGGAGAGAAGACACGUGG